CUGCUCCCGGGAGGGGGCGGGGCCAACAUGGCGCCGAGCGCCGGGUGAGCGGCGCUUUGGCUGCGGUGAGAGUCUUUUCCUGCGCGGGGCGCUCGGCUGGCGGGGGUGGGUCUGAGUGGUACCUGGGGGUAGACCCUUUGACGUGCCUGUGUGGGGACCUGGAGGAAGACGGUUGGUUGUGUGUUCGUGCGCGUGGGCUCUGUGUAUUUGCGUUGGAGGGAUGUUGGGGGAUGAGGUGGGCUCUGCUGCUGCUUUCGCACUGGAUCCAUUGCCUGGGAAUCUUCGACCCACUUCCCUGCAGAGGGAUCUACAAAGAUGUAGCUCAAGUAACCCUUCUCUGUGAAGCCUUCCUGCAGACUCCACUGACCAGAGGGGCUCCUGAAGCCCUCACGUGUUUUAUGAGCCUUUACUGGCAGAGGAUACUGCAGGGUAUUGAAGGAUUAGUAGGAGUUCGCCAGGAAACUGGGACACCACCGCUUCUUGUAUACCCGGCUCCAGGCACAGAGGCCUCCCAUCUCUCCAUCUCUCCACCCUGGGGGCAUCAUCCUUCAACGGAGGGAGGAGGGGCUCCAGAAUGGCUGAGGAGAAGAAGCUGAAGCUCAGCAAUACCGUGCUGCCUUCGGAGUCAAUGAAGGUGGUGGCCGAGUCGAUGGGCAUUGCCCAGAUUCAGGAGGAAACCUGCCAGCUGCUGACAGAUGAAGUCAGCUACCGCAUCAAGGAGAUUGCACAGGACGCCUUGAAGUUCAUGCACAUGGGGAAGCGGCAGAAGCUCACCACCAGUGACAUUGACUACGCACUGAAGCUUAAGAAUGUUGAGCCACUUUAUGGCUUCCACGCUCAGGAGUUCAUUCCUUUCCGGUUUGCCUCUGGUGGGGGCCGGGAGCUUUACUUUUACGAGGAGAAGGAGGUUGACCUGAGCGACAUCAUCAAUACCCCUCUGCCCCGGGUACCCCUGGACGUCUGCCUCAAAGCUCAUUGGUUGAGCAUUGAAGGCUACCAGCCAGCUAUCCCAGAGAACCCACCCCCAGCUCCCAAAGAGCAGCAGAAGGCUGAGGCCACAGAACCCCUGAAGUCAGCAAAGCCAGGCCAGGAGGAAGAUGGACCCUUGAAAGGCAAAGGUCAGGGGGCUGCUCCAGCUGAUGGCAAAGGGAAAGAGAAGAAGGCACCACCCCUGCUGGAGGGGGGCCCUUUGCGACUAAAGCCUCGAAGUAUCCAUGAGCUGUCUGUGGAGCAGCAGCUGUACUACAAGGAGAUCACCGAAGCCUGUGUGGGGUCAUGUGAAGCCAAGAGAGCGGAAGCUCUUCAGAGCAUUGCAACAGACCCGGGGCUCUAUCAAAUGCUGCCAAGAUUCAGCACCUUCAUCUCAGAGGGGGUCCGUGUGAACGUGGUGCAGAACAACCUGGCCCUGCUCAUCUACCUGAUGCGCAUGGUGAAGGCACUGAUGGAUAACCCUACGCUGUAUCUAGAAAAAUACGUUCAUGAGUUGAUUCCAGCUGUGAUGACCUGCAUCGUGAGCAGACAGCUGUGCCUGCGGCCAGAUGUGGACAAUCACUGGGCACUCCGGGACUUUGCUGCCCGCCUGGUAGCCCAGAUCUGCAAGCAUUUCAGCACAACCACAAACAACAUCCAGUCCCGGAUCACCAAGACCUUCACCAAGAGCUGGGUGGAUGAGAAGACACCGUGGACCACGCGUUAUGGCUCCAUCGCAGGCCUGGCCGAGCUGGGACAUGAUGUAAUUAAGACUCUGAUUCUGCCCCGGCUGCAGCAGGAGGGGGAACGGAUCCGCAGUGUCCUGGAUGGCCCUGUGCUGAGCAACAUUGACCGCAUCGGAGCUGACCACGUGCAGAGCCUCCUCCUGAAACACUGUGCCCCUGUUCUGGCAAAGCUGCGCCCACCGCCUGACAAUCAGGAUGCCUAUCGGGGAGAAUUUGGGUCCCUUGGACCCCUCCUCUGCUCCCAUGUGGUCAAGGCCCGGGCCCAAGCUGCUCUGCAGGCUCAACAGGUCAAUAGGACCACUCUGACCAUCACUCAGCCCCGGCCCACGCUGACCCUCUCACAGGCCCCUCAGCCUGGCCCUCGGACCCCUGGCUUGCUGAAGGUCCCUGGCUCCAUUGCACUGCCUGUCCAGACACUGGUGUCUGCACGAGCAGCUGCCCCACCUCAGCCUUCCCCUCCUCCAACUAAGUUUAUUGUAAUGUCAUCCUCUAGCGCCUCAUCCACCCAACAGGUUCUGUCCCUCAGCACCUCAGCCCCUGGCUCAGGCUCUACCACUACUUCUCCUGUUACCACCACGGUCCCCAGCGUGCAGCCCAUUGUCAAGCUGGUCUCCACCGCCACAGCUGCACCACCCAGCACUGCCCCUUCUGGCCCUGGCAGUGUCCAAAAGUACAUAGUGGUUUCUCUUCCCCCAACAGGGGAGGGCAAAGGAGGCCCCACCUCCCAUCCUUCCCCAGUCCCUCCCCCAUCCUCAGCCCCUUCCCCACUUGGGGGCAGUGCCUUCUGUGGGGGAAAACAGGAAGCUGGAGAUAGCCCCCCUCCAGCUCCAGGGACUCCAAAGGCUAAUGGCUCCCAGCCCCCUGGAUCUGGCUCCCCUCAGCCGGCACCUUGAUGCUGUCAGACAUCUGUCAAUCUCUUCCUCAGAUUCUCUCCACACACGCACACAUGCACGCUUACUAGGUGGAAGGAAGUAGGAGCCUGCUUCCCCUACUUUAACUUUCUUUUUAGAUAUUGUACAGCCAGCUUUUCAGAAUAAAAGUUUGAUUUGUACGUUCUGA